AUGGCUCGCAACACGAACCAACCCACUUUCAACUUCUUCACAGGCGAGACGGGCGAGCCAGAGCCCGCACACGCACCCACACAAUCCUUCCGCCAGACGCUGCGGCAAUCGGUCGUCAAACCAGACAUUGGCAACGAAGACCUGCGUGCGCAGAUCAACACAUUGCAGUAUGAGCUCGAAUCGCUGCGGCAAGAGCGGGAGAUGAGCACCCUCAGCCACCAGGCGGAGCUGCGCGAUGCCCAGAACAGGGCCGAGGCCGAGUACCAGCGCGCACAGGCAGCCGAAUCGGCGAGCAAGGCAGCAGCGAAAAAGUACGAGGCCCUACAGCGCGAGACGGGCGAGGCGGCAUCCCGCAGCACAAACGAGAAGCUAGAGCUAGAGCGCAAAGUGCGGGCGCUACAGGAGCGAGGGGCAUCGCUGCAGGAAGAGGCGGACGAGGCAACACACGAGCUGGCGGCGCAGGAGCGGCAGAGCCGGCACCGGUACGACGAGCUGGACGCGCGGCACGGGGCGCUGCAGCGGUCGUUCGACGAGCUGCGGGCCGAGCUCGAGGGCCAGGCGGCGGCGCUGCAGCAGGCCUCGCACAAGCUCGCGCGGCGCGAGGUCGAGGCCGCCGAGGCGGAGAGCGAGCUCAUCCGGCUCAGGGCCCAGGCCGGCGACCACGACACGCUGCACGUGGUCAAGCGCGAGCUGUCGGAGCAGAUUGCCCACAUCCGGAAGCUGGAGGCCGUCAACAGGGAGCAGGCGGCCGAGCUGAAGCGCCUGGGCAGGGUGCAGAAGAGCGUCGAGGUGGUCGAGGAGGAGAAGCGGGCGCUGGAGAACAGGGUGCGCAUGAUGGAGGACCUGCGCCGCGAGCUGAGCGAGGAGCAGCUCAAGCGCCAGCUGCUGGAGGACGAGAAGAGCGCCUGGACGAACUAUCUGGACGGCCAGGCGGCACAGGCCGAUGGCGAGGGCGAGCUGCGGUUCGGCACUCCCGAGGACCUGGCCAAGGCCUUCGUCAGGGAGCGGCUGGAGACGGCCACCAUGGUCGACCGCCUCGGCGCCGUGCAGGCAGAACUGACGGCCAGAGACGAGACGAUCAAGGCGCUGGAGGACGAAAAGGCCAGGGUCCGCGAAGAGCUGGAGAAGCUGAAGAGCGCGGGCGGCGCCUCGGACAGCAAGCUGCGCAUGCGGCUCGAACGCCAGCGGGCGCUGGCGGUCAAGGAGGUGGAAUACCUCCGCGCGCAGCUCAAGGCCUUUGACGCCGAGGAGAGCGAGUUCCAGCCCGAGACGUUCGACGCCCACAAGACGCAGCGCAUCCAGCAGCUGGAGGACGCCGUCGACGGCUACCGCGCCGAGACGCAGGCGCUGCACGCCGAGCUCUCGGCCCUCGAGGAAUCCAACACCAAGCAGAUCACCAUCGUGGGCAGCAAGCGGCCGCGCGACGCCGACGACGACGCCCGCAUGGGCGAGCUCCGCCGCAAGAACCGCCAGCUGCAGGACGACCUGGGCCGGCUGCUCACGGAGAAGAAGGUGCUCGAGGCGGAGCGCCGCGCCCACGAGAAGCAGAUCCGCGCCCUCAACGAGUCGUCCCGCACCCGCGUCCUCGAGCUGCGCCAGAACCCCACCGCCGACGCCGAGGCCCUCAAGCUCAGCACCGUCCGCACCCUGCGCGAGGAGAACAAGGCCCUGCUGGCACGGCUCGAGGCCGAGGCCAAGCAGCAGCUCGCCGACGAUGCCGAUGAUGCAGUCGUGCCGCGGGCCAGCCUCGAGGCCGCCCGCCUCGAGAUGGCCGAGCUGCACCGCGCCAUCGCCGACCGCGACAAGAAGACGCUGCGGCUCAAGCAGCUGUGGUCCGCCAAGGCGCUCGAGUUCCGCGAGGCCGUCGCCUCCCUGCUCGGCUGGAAGCUGGACAUCAUGCCCAACGGCCGCGUCAAGGUCACCUCGCUCUUCUACCCCGGCGGCGGCGGCGGCGACGACGACGGCGGCUGCGAGAACAGCAUCGUCUUCGACGGCGAGCGCGGCACCAUGAAGGUCAGCGGCGGCGAGAAGAGCGUCUUCGCCAGCGAGAUCAGGGGCCAGAUCGAGUUUUGGGUCGAGCAGCGGAAGGAGAUUCCGUGCUUUUUGGCGCAGUUGACGCUGGAUUUUUGGGAGAGCACGACGAGGGCAGUUGGUGGUGGUGGCGGCGGUGGUGGUGCUUGA